AUUUUUGGCAAAUUUUAAAAAAAAUCAAAAUUGACCUUUUUUGACAAUUUAAAAGUGAACAUUUUUGGCGAAAUAUUUGUUUUCAAAAAGGCCAGUACCUACUUACCAUACCUACCUAAUCGUGUGUGCGUGUGCUGUGUUUUAAAAAGAAUUUAAACGGUAAGGUAUCUAUUUGAAAUGAUAUGGCUGGGAGUAAGAUAUGUUUAAUUAAUUGCAGCAAUCGUCAAUUCAUGGGCUGUUUUUUAAUUAGUGUAGUGUAAUAUAUUCUCUACAAGAGUGCGUUAGUGAUCAUGCUCUCUGUUGCUUUUCAUUCAUAUUAAUUUUCAUUAUCACUUUCACGAUGAUCGGACAUGGCCGGAUCGAAAUCGCCCUGAGUGUUAUCGCCGCAAUUUUUCAUUGCAAUUGUGAUGUCUUAUCGCCCCUCAAACCUAGUGAAACUUCUAUCAUACUGACUAAAACUAAUAAACCUCACGAAAACAGUAAUUUUGGUUGUUUCACAUCGUAUGACAACAACUUCGAGGAGUUUUUGGCCGAAACUGAGUACGUAGUGGACAAAAGUUUAUUCAUCAAGGAGAUCUUAUCAUGCCAGAAAAAUAUCCUGUUGAUAUCCACUCCUCCUGCAUUUGGAAAAACCACAAAUCUCGGUAUGCUGCAAUUAUUUUUCGAACAUCCUGUAAAAGAUGACAUUGUACUGAAAAGAGAACAAAGCCCCGGGUAUGGGUACUUCAAAUAUGGCCGACUUAAGGCCGACAAUGGACAGCACCAGUUCUCCGAGAAACCAUUGAUUAGUAGGUACGAUGAAAUACUCAAUGAACAUCUUUGCAACCAUCCAGUCAUCUACUUAGAUUUCAAGCCUUCAGAUGUGAUAUGGUAUCCCGAAGAAAUAAAGCUAAUCGAACGUAUUCUAUGCGAAAAAAUAUCUCGCGAGUUCAAAAGACACUUUUACGUUCGGAAAUAUUUCAUCGAGUUGAUAGGUAACUCGAAAAUUGACAUGGACGUCAAACAACAAGCAAAAACUGAUUGGCAGAAGUUUGAAUUGUACGCUUUGAAUCGUCAGCUAAGCUGGCCGGAUCUAUCUACCAGUUUACGUUUCCUUUGUCAAGUUUUGUAUCGGUUCUUUAACCGAAAAGUAGUGAUUUUGAUCGAUGAAAUGGAUUUUUUGGUAAACCAUGUGCAAGAAAGAUGGAUUUAUAAAGAUGAACCUUGCCUCAAAGAUCAACAAAAUCAAGUGAUGGGGUUUCUGAAAGAUCUCAUCAAUUCGACAUUUCACGAGAACGAUUUUCUGCUUAAAACCAUAAUCAUGGGCAAUACUUUAUCAUGUAUCGACGAGCUUUUUUCCUUAGAUGAACUGUCUAUUCACGUUUCUGAUGGGAUAGAAAAUGAUUUCGCUGAAUUUUUUGGUUUCACCGAGUCAAUUUCCAAAAAACUCUUACAAAUUAGCAAAGUACCUGAUAAAGUGACUGCUGAAGCGAUCGAAUGCUACAAUGGUUAUAAAUUUCACUCAAUUUCCAAUCACUCUUUGCUUUGUCCAUUGGACGUAAUUUCAGUUAUGCAAAAAAAAUCGAUUCCCAGUACCUGGGUUACUAAAUAUUUGGAUGAUGAUCUCAACCAGUUAAUAGAGCUUGAAUUCAUGAAGUCUUCUAUGGAAGUACUUAUGGAUGGGAAAUCUACUGAGGUGGCUUGGUCCAACGUUAAAUUCAAUCGUUAUGAUUUCAUCAGAAUUUUCAACCUUAUCAAUGAACGAAUUGCCAGACCUAGUUGUAAUGACACCAGCUUGGUAUUGAAACGUUUAUAUGCUGAGGGGUAUGUGACUUUGGCUGGUGUUGGAUACGACAUAGAGCAAAACAAAACGUAUUAUCGAGUGAAGGUGGCAAAUCGAAAGAUGGCUUCUUUAAUCGAGAAUGCUCUGGUGCUUUAUGAAGAACAUUUUCUUAAGGGCAAAUGAGUAAAAUUUACCAACUUAUUUUUUAUGAGCGUUUCAGUUCUGAAGAGUAGCUAUUGUACGUAUUAAUUUCCAAUUUGGAAAAUAAUAAUCCAUGCUGAUAACUUGAUUUGAAUAAUAAAUGCGUAAGUAUUAGUCCGGCAUAU